CUGAUUCAUCACACCUGAAGCAAAUCCAUUUCUUUAACCUAAACCUGAAGCGAAUCUAACAGAAAAAUAAAUACUCUCCUUGAACCAGCACGAGAACACCCGCCAAAAACACCACACUAAGGAUGUAUAUAAAAAGGAACCAAACAAGAAAAAACACGCUGAGGUUGGGGAAGUGUCCCAAGAAAAUGUCGACAACUGUUCUUCAUCAUGGUAUCAAUUCUUAGCAUGAAACAGUACCAAACUAAACAAGCUACGUAACAGGACGAAGGUGAAGGAUUGUGAAAGCAAUUAUCCUCCAGGUUUGAAUGAGGAGGCACUGUGACGCUUCACCAACAUGGACGUUCGGAGUAUGGGCAAUCGUUACUUGGCCCAACUCACCCACACCUCCCUCGCACGUGCCGUCCAUGCUCACAUCCUCACCUCAGGUUUCAAGCCGUUCCCUCUCAUCAUCAACCGUCUCAUCGAUCGUUACUGCAAAUCCUCCAACAUCACUUAUGCCCGCCACCUGUUCGACAGAAUUCCCAAACCUGAUAUCGUCGCAACUACCACCCUGCUUUCCGCCUACUCUGCUGCUGGCAACAUCAAACUCGCCCACCAACUCUUCAACGCCACCCCCUUGACCAUUCGUGAUACCGUCAGUUACAACGCCAUGAUCACUGCCUUUUCCCACAGUCACGAUGGUCACGCCGCUCUCCAACUCUUCAUACAAAUGAAAAGGCUCGGUUUUGUUCCCGACCCGUUUUCCUUCUCAAGCGUUCUUGGCGCCCUGUCUCUGAUAGCUGAUGAAGAGAGGCAUUGUCAGCAGUUUCACUGUGAGGUUCUCAAGAGGGGUGUACUCUGUGGGCCUUCUGUUUUGAAUGCUUUGAUGAGUUCUUAUGUUGGUUGCGCCUCUUCGCCUUUGGUAGACUCUUGUUUGUUGAUGGCAUCUGCUAGAAAGCUCUUUGAUGAGGCACCUCGUGGUGUGAGGGAUGAACCUUCUUGGACUACCAUCAUUGCUGGCUAUGUCAGGAAUGGUGACCUUGUUGCCGCGCGUGAGCUUCUUGAUGGAAUGACUGAUCACAUUGCCGUUGCUUGGAAUGCCAUGAUUUCUGGCUAUGUGCACAGGGGUUUUUAUGAGUCGGCGUUUGACUUGUUAAGAAAAAUGCAUUCCUUGGGAAUUCAGCUGGAUGAGUACACUUACACCAGUGUAAUUAGUGCUGCUUCUAAUGCUGGGUUGUUCUAUAUUGGAAGACAGGUGCAUGCUUACGUUCUAAGAACAGUGUUGCAGCCAUCACAGCAUUUUGUUUUAUCUGUGAAUAAUGUUUUGAUUACUUUCUACACUAGAUUUGGUAAACUGGCUGAGGCGAAACAAGUUUUUGACAAGAUGCCUGUGAAAGAUCUUGUUUCAUGGAAUGCGAUUUUGUCUGGGUAUGUCAAUGCUCGAUGUAUUGAGGAAGCUAAUUCCAUUUUCGGGGAAAUGCCGGAGAGGAGCCUGUUGACGUGGACUGUGAUGAUAUCAGGCUUAGCACAAAAUGGGUUUGGAGAAGACGGUUUGAAGCUAUUCAACCAGAUAAAGUUAGAGGGAUUGGAACCAUGUGAUUAUGCAUAUGCUGGAGCAAUUGCCUCUUGUUCUGUUCUGGGAUCAUUAGACAAUGGACAACAACUACACUCUCAGAUAAUACGGUUAGGUCAUGAUUCAAGCCUCUCAGUUGGCAACGCACUGAUUACAAUGUAUGCAAGGUGUGGUCUUGUUGAAGCCGCUGAUACAGUGUUUGUCACAAUGCCGUAUGUGGAUUCAGUUUCCUGGAAUGCCAUGAUUGCUGCUCUUGCACAACAUGGGCACGGUGUAAAAGCCAUUCAACUCUAUGAACAGAUGUUGAAGGAGGAUAUAUUACCUGAUCGGAUAACUUUUCUCACAAUUCUCUCUGCUUGUAGCCAUGCAGGUUUGGUCAAAGAGGGACGCCAUUAUUUUGAUACAAUGCGGGCCCAUUAUGGUAUAACCCCAGAAGAGGAUCAUUAUUCUCGUUUGAUUGAUUUGUUAUGUCGUGCUGGUAUGUUCUCGGAAGCAAAGAAUGUCACCGAAUCAAUGCCUUUUGAGCCCAGCGCACCAAUUUGGGAGGCUCUUCUUUCUGGUUGUCGGAUUCAUGGGAACACGGAAUUAGGUAUUCAAGCUGCUGAAAAGCUCUUAAAGCUUAUGCCACAGCAAGAUGGAACCUACAUUAGUCUUUCCAAUAUGUAUGCCACUUUAGGUCAGUGGGAUGAAGUUGCCAGGGUGAGGAAAUUAAUGAGGGAGCGAGGGGUUAAGAAGGAACCUGGGUGUAGUUGGAUUGAGGUUGAAAACAUGGUCCAUGUCUUUUUGGUUGAUGAUGCUGUACACCCUGAGGUGCAUGCUGUGUAUAAAUAUCUGGAGCAUCUGGUACACGAAAUGAAGAAAUUGGGUUAUGUUCCUGAUACAAAGUAUGUAUUGCAUGAUAUGGAAUCUGAACAAAAGGAAAAUGCUUUGUCUACUCAUAGUGAAAAGCUUGCUGUUGUUUACGGAAUUAUGAAAAUUCCUUUAGGAGCUACAAUUCGGGUUUUCAAAAAUUUGAGGAUUUGCGGGGACUGCCAUAGUGCAUUCAAAUUUAUCUCCAAAGUAGUAGAUCGAGAGAUAAUUGUCAGAGAUAGGAAGAGAUUUCACCAUUUUAGAAAUGGCGAAUGUUCUUGCGGCAACUAUUGGUAACAAGAGGUUCUGUUAUUUGAUUAUCAUCAAGUGUUAAUGUUAACAGCACUCCAAUGAAUUUUAGAAUAUAUGAAAUGCAACCUAAAGCCUUUGCAACCGGGAAUUCAGAAUGGAGACUGGUAUCGUAUCAGAAUGCCCCAAAAUGAUCACAAAAGGGUUGAUCACUGGACAAUGCCAUUGGGUCAAAAGGGUAUUUCAUGUUCUUCAGUUUGUUUGUGCACUCUCCAGAAUGAAAAUUUGUCUUAUGCUAAUCUACUCCUCUUGCACGGAGACAAGGGCGUUAGAGAUGACUAUUGAGCCAUAACCAUUAGAAUAGAAGUCAAGAGCAAUAGUAUUAGAAAUGAGUUGAUAACGGUUUAUGAUGUGGCUGUCACAACGGUCAUAUGAUCUAAACUAUCGUCGUUACUACUGUUUCCCUUUAUCAUUUCAUUUCAACUUUAGAAAUUUUGCUUAAGAGUUUGUUCGCUUAAGCAAUUGCUUCAGCCACUGCGUUUCAAUUUAGUGAUGCUGCACGCAAUCUGGGUUACCAUGGCUUUGGCAGGUUAAAAGGAGUAAAUGAGGUGUUGUUCAGUUUAAAUGCUCCAGUAGAUGAACAGUGAUUCCAAAGCUAUUUUGAAAUUGAAGAGGCAAACUCAUGUGCACUCUUAUUGGCUUCGGGUCAGUGCUCAUUAGUGUGUAAGAGAGCUCCAAGCAGAACACUCUCAAGCCUCAACCUUUACAAUCAGAGAAGCUGUAGUUAGGAUACCGCCCGCAUUGCUUGUGCUAAUAAAAAGUGAGACAUGGAUCAUAGAAAUUUCAAUACAUAGAACAAUCUGAGAAACAAAAAUUGAAACAUUAUUUGUAGAGAUGGAGAACUACUCAUACUAUUUUUGGAGAAACAAGAAUGGUGACAUUCUUAGUAGAGAUGGAGAAGAACUUAUAUUAUACUAUUGCCGGUGACUGAAUUAUAAAGCAGCUGGGAACCUUUACAACGGAGAAUCGUCUUCACUGUAUACUAGUGUUUCUUUUUAAGAGUGCUAGAUCACUGGCUUUAAGGUUACACAUUUGGAGGAGUUAUUUUUGUUUAUUUUUAUAUGCUUAAUUUUUUUUGUGCACAGAUUAAA